AAUGCAGGUUGUGGGGCUCAAAGCCACGCACACUUAUGUGUGGAAGAUAUUAAGUCUUAUCCCUUAAACUCUCGGGCAAACCUGUAAUUCAUUGAUAAAUUUGAAGCAUUUACUAUAAACAUCAAUAAAUUUAGUUGUUAAAGUAUAUUAAAAUUGUCAUUUAUGUUAUGUUAUGUAAUCAAAUUUCGAUUAAAAUCACUAGUAAGUAGCUUCGACCGAGUUCUUAAGGUGUGUAUCUGCUAAGUACACAAAGUUUUCCGUGAGAAUUCAAAUAUCUAAGGUAAGGGUUUAAAUUUAUUUAGUUUUGUUACCUUAUCUGAAGGUUCAUUGCUUAUGUCACGUAAAAGUUUUGGUUCAUGCUUAUUUUUGUGUUGGUUUUUGAACUGUUAUGUGGCAGACACAAUGAAUCUUGUGUGGAAUUUCUUUUAGAACAGGAAAAAAAUUAGUUAAAAUUAAAAUAAUUAAAAUCGUCGCCUAAGAGAUUCGAACUCUCGCGGGAAAAUCCCAUGUACUUAGCAGGCACACGCCUUAACCACUCGGCCAAAGCGACUUGUUGUUGAUUUGAUUACGAAUUCGAAUGCACAUCAAAGUAGAAAUCACAAAAUGCUAUACUAAAACAACUAAACUUACCAAUGUUUCUACUACAUUCUCACAUGUCAUUAUUGAAUUACAGAUUUAUCCGAGAGGUUAAGGUGGAAGACUUAAGAUCUUCUACAAUGAUUGGCAUGGAUUUGAAUUCCAUCAUCUCUGCAGUAGCGCGAUCUUCUUAUAUUUACAAAUUUUUAAAACUUUAAACAAGUCUUCUUUUGGGUCAUGUUUAAGGUUUGUAUUUCAUCUUCCGCAUGAAUUUUAUGGAACCGUAUUUUUAAGUACUAGCAACUAACGGUGUUGUGAAAUGUAAAUUUUGAUGGGUUUGGUAUCUUUCCCAAGUAUGAUGAGGUGAAGGUGGUUUCGAGGAUUCAUUUGUUGAUGUUGAUACUAGUUGAUGUGAGAUUCAGUAGCCAUCGGAAAUUUUCUUCCAUUCACACUCACCAAGUCCAGUGUGGGAAGUUUUGUUGUCAAAGAACUAAAUCUUCUAAGUAGUGUGUGAUUACCCUACAAAUUAAAGCAAACACGCCACGCUUAUUCGAAUAUGAGGAAAAAGGUUCUCUUCAUGAUUGAGCUCAAUCAACAAGAUUGCCUAUCCGCAAUUGUAAAUUAGGAACCAAAUCAUGUACUGGUAUUAUGUGGUUUGAUCUAUUACUAUCAACUUAUAUCUGAUUUACAACGCAAAAAUUCAAUAGCGAAUGAAUUGUUGCUCGUCAACAAUACAUUCAUUACAAAAACGACAUGUGCAUAGCACAUGAAUUGUGAUAUUUACCAAGUUUGAGUGGUACAUACAUGUGCCAAGAGAAUAUUGUACCCCAUUUGUAGCUAGCAUAAAAGAUCUAUCAUCAAACCCUUAUGAUGAUUUUCUUCGUUUUAUUCAGAGUAUAUAUAUAACUAAAGGACCACAAGAACACUAGUAUAGUAGUGGGGAUUGUUACACUAGCUAGGAUUAUAACUUAUGGAAAAAGAAGGGGAAACAUUACAGAUUCAUUGCUUAUAAUUUUGAAAUAUUAAGGUGAUAAAUUAUAAUAGCUAUAGUUUUUAAAAGAAAAAAAUUUGUGACAACUAUAAUUAACGGAUUAGUUUGAGCAAUCUUUUUAAUAGAUUUUCAUAAUUUUUAAUAAAAUGCAGGUUUGCCCGAGAGGUUAAGGGGGAAGACUUAAGAUCUUCUGCACAUAAGUGCGCGUGGGUUCGAACCCCACAGCCUGCAAUUUUAUUUUUUGGUGGAAUUUUCAGAAAUUUCUAUGUUAGCUCUACACAUAUAUAUGAAACUUAUUAUAUUUAUAUUUUGAUCUUUUUCUUAGCAUCGAUCCCUACGGGAAAGGUCCAAUAAAGAAACAUUUGCAAGUCACCUACAUUUGCAAAGAGAUACAAGAGUUUUGUGAUACUACACAUCGAAAUAAGCUCGAAAUCAAUCAUAGACACGAAAUUUUUUUAACCUAAUUCCCACUCGCCUCAUAAGAAAACAUCAUCGUGUCAUCUUAUUGUAACAAUACCCAAUAAAACCUGGUAAACUAGCUUUGUGAUCUCACUUAUUGGCCGGACAUCUCUUAUGAGUUACGAGAUGACACUAAUUACAGUUAACCAACUACUUAUCCCAAAACCCACAAUUUCCCCCUGAAAAUGUAAGCUACUCUUCAUUCACCUCAAUGAAAUACCAUUGUGUCAUCUAAUCCCUAGUACGUUACUAUCUACCAAUACAAGAGAUAUAUAUAUAAAGAUCCCCCUCCAAAGAAAAUUCUCCACCAUUAACCGUGGGCAUUUCUUUCUACCUCUUUAAACACAAAUAAAAUCCAACCUCAAUAUAUUCCUUUUGCAAGUAACUAGACAAAAAUGUGAGUGUAGCUAGCUAGCUAGUUGCAAUUGGUUAGUGCAUGAUCCUCAGCUAGAAAAGGGGUCCAUUGAAUUGAAGCACACUCUCGAUGGCCAGAAACUCUCUGUCUGUCUAAUUGCAUCCUAUCUUCUUCCUUUCGUUUAUCUGCCCCCACAGCUUUUAGACACAGGGAAUCAAAUGCAGGUCAACAAGAUUUAUCAUUACCAUACUUGUUCGCAGCUUCCAAAGAUUUUACACACUCAUUUCCGAUUCACAAAGGUGUCAUCUUCUCGAGUAAUAAAAGAAUCUAUCAUCGUUCAAUUCAGGAAAAACUAACUUGAUAGUCAUCAUAUUUCAUUUUCUUUUAUUCGAGAAAAUAAAGUAUAGAGUAUAGACAUUACUGCUCUGGACUGUUAGUAAUUAACUUAUAAUGAUAAAAUUUACCCGCAUCUCGAUUUAAACCAGAUCCAUUGAUUACUCGAUCUGCAUGACCAAAAGCACCUUACAAUUUUCUUAUGCAAUAAUAUAGUUAAUUGGAGGGUUUAUAACAAUAUUUUUUUAUCAUCGAUCUUGUUGAACUAAAACAACUUAUAUUCUUACUUUGACAAAAAUGAUUGACAAAAAUUCAGGCAUAAUCUACAUGCCAAUAUAGUGGACCAAAACAAAGUAAUAAUGCCAAGUUAUGUAUCUAUCUCUCUAUGUGCUUAGCUUAUCCAAAUUUGCGCAAGUGCGUGCACUUUUGUAAGUUUCAAGCAAUUCAAACAGGAACGAACUAGCUAUAAUGCACGACGGCCAACUGAAAUUCCCGGCGCCGCCGGCGUGAGAAGACGAUGAUUUAACCACCACCAGCCGCCGCGGCCUCCUCCUUUCCAUAUCGACCUUCUUUACAUCCACCAAUGAUAUGAUGUCCACUUUUUGGGUUUUUUGCUUUCUCUUAAUCAGUAUUAGCAUUAACAUUAGGAUCUAGCUAGGUGCAUGUCAUGCCCAUCUUGGCUAAAUAAGUUUAUAAUAUUGGAUUAAGGCCCAUACUUUAUCAAAAGAGCAGUUGCUUUGGUUGAUCUUCGUGACGAAACAUUCCCUUUGAUUGCUUUAUUAUUGAUUAAUGAAGAGUAACCAUGCAUCUAUUAUAGUGCUUAAUUAUUCACUAAACAUAAUUGUCUUCUAAUUGAACAUGACGAUAUAUUCGAGGAGAAGACUAGAAAGAAGAAAAAGAAAGAAAAGCUAUGAGAAUUUUUCUGAAGAUGAAAUUUGAGAUUGACAAGUUCUUUUAAAAUAAAAUAAAAAUUUGAGAUUAUCGUCAAUGAUAAUACUCAUACUUGAAACUGAGAAUUUUAAAAUCGAAUCUCUUAAAUAUCAGCUAAUUAAAGACAAACCUAUAUCAUUUGUAUAAAAAAUCUCCUUAUGAAAGAAAAAAAAUAAUAAUUUAGAGCCUAAGCAGGAAGGCCGAUAGUAAAAGUGGCAAUAGCACUUUCUUCUUUCCUUUUUGCCUAUCAUUUCUCCUUUAUUGCUUUCCUCUCUAAUUUCGCCACGUCUUAAAACUCCAAACUAGAAUCAGCAAUAUUUAAUACAUUUGUUAUCACUUUCAUUGCCUCGUGGCAUCCACUUUGACCGUCGCUCCCCGAAAGUGAGCCCGAGCAGUCCACGAGUCCCAAUCCGAGUUGGCAACUCCGUGCGGCUCCCUGCUCCCGCAUUGCUGACCUGGUAACCCAACCAAUCACCAAAUUGCCACGUCUUCCAACUUAAAAUAAUAACAACUCAACUACGCUCGCGCACAAAACAAGAUUUAGUAUUUCCCCCCCUAAAAUCAUGAAGAUAUAAUACUUAAUUAACUCAAAACGUGCCAAACUCUAUUGGGGCCUGCGCUCCACGUCGGCCACGCAUGGGCCCGGCGAGUGUUCGACGUGGAAUUCCGAGGUGGCAUUGCGCCAGUUUGACCCCGGGAGUGUGUCGGCGCGGGAAUUCCACGUGGAGGGCGUACGAAUCCCAUAAACCAGACUCAACCUCCACGUCACUCCCACCGUCUCCUUCACCGCACUAUAUAUUAAAACCCCCAAUUAACCCUCUGUUCUUCCCUCUUCACUCUGCUUCUUCUUCCCCCCCACACACAAAAAUCUCCAAACACCGGCAACAAUGGCGUCGACGACCAAGUCCGAACCCGCCGACGCCGCCCAAUUACCCGACCAGAAUGACCGGUGCCAGAUCGAGGAAGUCGCCCUGGUCGUGCCCGAGACCGACGACCCGACCCUGCCCGUGAUGACGUUCAGGGCCUGGUUCCUGGGUCUGACCAGCUGCACCCUGCUCAUCUUCCUCAACACCUUCUUCACGUACCGGACCCAGCCGCUCGUCAUCUCGGCGAUCCUCAUGCAGAUCGCCGUCCUCCCCAUCGGGAAGUUCAUGGCGAAGACACUCCCGACGAGGGAGUUCGAUCUUUUCGGGGUUUGGAAGUUCAGCCUCAACCCGGGGCCGUUCAACAUUAAGGAGCACGUCAUCAUCACGAUUUUCGCCAAUUGCGGGGUUUCCCAGGGCGGCGGAGACGCUUACUCCAUCGGAGCGAUUACGGUGAUGAAGGCGUACUAUAAGCAGAGCCUCUCUUUUGCCUGCGCUCUCGUCAUUGUCAUCACUACCCAGGUUCUGGGUUAUGGAUGGGCUGGACUGCUGCGGAGGUACUUGGUCGAUCCGGUUGAAAUGUGGUGGCCGGCGAAUCUGGCUCAGGUUUCCCUAUUCAGAGCACUUCACGAGAAGGAAGUGAAGAGCAAAGGCUUCACUCGAAUGCAAUUCUUCCUCAUCUUCCUAACCCUAAGCUUCCUCUACUACGCACUCCCGGGCUACCUGUUCCCCAUCCUCACCUUCUUCUCAUGGGUCUGCUGGGCCUUCCCACGCAGCAUCACGGCCCAACAGAUCGGGUCGGGCUACCACGGGCUCGGCAUCGGGGCAUUCACCCUCGACUGGGCCGGCAUCUCAGCCUACCACGGCAGCCCGCUGAUCACCCCCUGGACCUCCAUAGUCAACGUAGGGGUCGGCUUCAUCAUGUUCAUCUACAUCAUCGUCCCACUCUGCUACUGGAAGUACAACACUUUUGAUGCCCGGAAGUUCCCCAUUUUCUCGAACCAGCUGUUCACGACGGCUGGUUCGAAGUACGACACCACCAAGGUGCUGACCCCGGACUACGAGCUCGAUGUGGGAGCUUACAACAGCUAUGGCAAGCUCUACUUGAGCCCUUUGUUCGCGCUGUCGAUUGGGUCAGGGUUCCUUAGGUUCUCCGCGACUAUUGUCCAUGUCGCGCUCUUCCAUGGAAGGGAUAUAUGGAGGCAGAGUAGAUCGGCCAUGCAGAAUGCUAAGCUCGACAUUCAUGCUAAGCUAAUGAAAGCUUACAAACCGGUGCCAGAAUAUUGGUUCAUGAUCCUGUUAAUCGGGAGCGUUGUUCUGUCUCUGUUGAUGUCUUUCAUAUGGAAGGCAGAUGUGCAGCUUCCAUGGUGGGGGAUGAUCUUUGCAUUUGCACUUGCCUUCAUCGUUACACUUCCAAUUGGUGUCAUUCAGGCAACAACCAACCAGCAACCGGGGUAUGACAUCAUAGCCCAGUUCAUGAUCGGUUAUGUCCUGCCGGGGAAGCCAAUAGCCAACUUGCUGUUCAAGAUAUAUGGGAGGAUCAGUACAGUUCAUGCUCUCUCUUUCUUGUCCGACCUUAAACUUGGUCACUACAUGAAGAUUCCACCUAGGUGCAUGUACACAGCUCAGCUUGUCGGGACACUACUAUCAGGCAUUGUGAACCUCGCGGUGGCAUGGUGGAUGCUCGAGAGCAUCAACGACAUCUGCGACAUCGAAGGAACCCACCCGGACAGUCCAUGGACGUGCCCCAAGUACAGAGUCACCUUCGAUGCGUCGGUCAUUUGGGGUUUAAUCGGACCACACCGCCUGUUUGGCCCCGGUGGACUGUACCGGAACCUAGUGUGGCUCUUCCUAGUCGGUGCAGUGCUCCCGAUCCCCCUAUGGGCACUGAGCAAGGCCUUCCCUGAGAAGAAAUGGAUCGCACUGAUCAACAUUCCCGUCAUAUCGUAUGGAUUCGCAGGGAUGCCACCCGCCACACCAACCAACAUCGCGAGCUGGCUGAUCACCGGGAUGAUCUUCAACUACUUCGUGUUUAAGUACCACAAGAGAUGGUGGCAGAAGUACAACUACGUGCUCUCCGCGGCACUCGAUGCAGGGACGGCGUUCAUGGGCGUGCUGCUGUUCUUUGCUUUGCAGAACUCGGGGCACAACUUGAAGUGGUGGGGAACGGAGGUGGAUCAUUGUCCUCUGGCUAGUUGUCCGACUGCACCGGGGAUUGCCGUCAAAGGGUGCCCUGUUUUCAAGUGAGAACUGAGAAGAUAAGAGGCAGCCAGGCAGCCUGCCUGCCGCCACUGUUUUGCAUUGGGGAGUUGAAGUUUUGUACAUCUGUUAUUAAAAACCUCUUUUCUUUAGUAUAUGUUAGUACCCACUGCUGGAAGCUGCAAGUGUAUCUGGUGAUCAUUUGGGUCUUCGAAUUCUCUUUCUUCGCAUUUAGUCUAUUGUCCUACUCCUAGUCUUAGUAGUAUAUGAAAUUUCAUAAAGAAAAAGGGUGGUAAAUGUUGGACAGAUUCCAUCUCUUAGUAUAUGCUCAAGUCUUCUUUUUUUCAUCUCGUUCAGUAACAUAUUCUUAGCUAAAGAUCGACUGACACAUAUGUUCGUCAACUCAAAGUUCAGUGGCUGUUUCUGUAAUAAACAAAGGUAUCCUUC